GGCAUGUGGAACCAUUCUACGCCGGGUCCCUGCGCGUAGUCGGACACGUUUCUCCGACACACCUUCGUUGGCCCUGCGUCUGAAAUGGCUGUCACUCUCCACACGGACCUGGGAGAAGUUAAGAUCGAGCUGUUCUGUGAGCGAACACCGAGAGCAUGUGAGAAUUUUCUGGCUCUGUGCGCCAGCGGCUUCUACAACGGUUGCGUCUUCCACAGAAAUAUCAAAGGCUUCAUGGUUCAGACUGGAGAUCCCACAGGAACGGGUAAAGGAGGAACAAGUAUAUGGGGUCGCAAAUUUGAAGAUGAGUACAGUGAGCACUUAAAACAUAAUGUGAGAGGGGUCGUCUCGAUGGCGAAUAAUGGCCCCAACACGAAUGGAUCCCAGUUUUUCUUCACAUACGCCAAACAGCCACAUCUGGACAUGAAGUACACUGUGUUUGGAAAGAUUAUUGAUGGCCUGGAGACGCUGGAUGAACUGGAGAAACUGCCCGUCAAUGAAAAGACGUUUCGACCGCUGACUGAAAGUCGGAUAAAGGAUGUGACCAUUCACGCAAACCCUUUUGCUGUAUAACCCACCUGCACAUCAAAUUGUGUUAGUGUGUGGUACCUGGCCAAAGUUAAAAUGAAUCAUUUGUGUUUAUGCUACAGAUUGAAUCGACAUCAAUAAGUGAAAGACUGAGGCUGUGAAAUGUUUCAAAGUGAGGUUUAUAGAUCAAGGUUUACUUGUCACAGAUCUAGAAUUUAAAUGGGUUUUUAGGUGGAAAACAUCUUAUUGUCUAAAUAAAUAAACAUUUUCACUGUUUGAUUUCGACCGGUUUUAGCCUCAUCUAUUAUUGAAAGUUAUAAGAAAUACCUAUUUUUCUUCAAAACAAUUUCAGCAUCUCACAGCAUUUGUAAUGGAAAUUAUACUUAACCUGUUCAUUU